AAACGGAUUUCCGCAUCUUGUCAUUGGCGCAGCCAUUUUAAUUUCUCUUGUGAUUUGCGUGGCGUGUGGAGUGAUUCGGUUGUUCGCGGGUCUGCGCCGUUUAAUUAGAAAAACACAGUGUUUGUUCUGGAAACAAAAUGCAGCGGGGUCGAGACGAAAACACUACCAAAGUGUUUGUGGGGAGUCUUCCGGCCGGCAUCAGCCCCGACGAUCUCAGGAAACUCUUCGAACCCUAUGGAACCAUUGCCGAAUGUGAUAUUUCGAAUAAUUGCGGAUUCUUGCAUCUGGAGGAUCGCGAUCUGGCCAUGAAAGCCAUUACCGAACUCAACGGUACUGAUUUCAUGGGCUCCCGAAUUUCGGUGGAAAAAGGCCGAGUUAAGCCGCGCCGAGGUCCUGGGGGUCCCAUGCGAGGAGGCCCUGGCGGCAGGGAUCGAGGUGCACCGUACGCCAGAGGCGGAGGCGGAAGAGAUUUCCGAGGUGGACGCGGCGGAGCAUUUGGAGGUGGUAGAGGAGGAUUUGGAGGACGCGGACGAGGACCUCCGGGGGGCGGAUUUGAAGACCGGAGAGGAGGAGGCGGCUAUCCAUCUCAGGAUAGAGGAUAUGACCCCUAUGGGGGACCAGCGCCCGCUCACUAUGAAGACCGGGGGGGCUAUGGGGAUGGUCCUAGAGGAGCACCUGGUGGAUACGAGGACCGAAGAAGCGGGCCUCCUGCUAGAGGACCUGGUGGUGGUGACCUUUACAGCCGCAGAGAUGCCGGAGUCAAGCCCAUUAAUACCAUUGUUACUAGGGGUGGCGGUGGCGGCGGCGCAGGCGGCGGUUAUGACCGAUAUGGAGGAAGCGGCGGAUCAAAUGGUUAUGGCUCAGGUGGAGGAUACGGAGGACCGAGCUCUGGUUAUGCCAGUACCGGUUACGGCAGUGGAGCAAGUGGCGGCUAUGGAAAUAACGCAGGGUAUGGCAGCGGUGGGGCCAGCAGUGGCGGUUAUGGAGGCGCCUCAAGUGGCGGCUAUGGAGGAGGAGCUGCCAGUGGAGGAUAUGGGACCGGUUACGGCUCAGGCGGAGGAGGAUACGGAGACAGUGGUGGCUAUGGUGCUGGUGCGAGCAGCGGCUACGGAGGUGGAGCGGGAGGAUAUGAUGAUGGCUAUGGAGGUGCAAUGGAUUCCCGUGGCGGGGGUGGAGGAUAUGAGUCCUCAUAUCCACCAAUUCAAGCUCAACGAGGCUACGGAGGCGGCAGCGGUGGUGGCGCAGGUGGCCGAGGCGCCGGAAGACGUUAUUAAAUUAAGCGCACAAUUCGCCUAGGACAAAUUCAAUUAAGCGAUUUGUAUAUUCUUAAAUAGCGUUUGCGUAUUCACCGGAAAAUUGGCAUGUCAAAUUUUCGUUUUUGUGUUAAAUGUACAACGUUUCCUUCCACCAACUAGCCCGAUUACUUAGUAUUGUGUUCGCUUGCUCCAUUUUAAAAUGUUUGUAGAUAAAUGUCCCAAAGAAUCGCACAUAGAAUCCAAAGUUUUGGGUAAACGUAGGCGCAGCUGAUUGAUUUGUCCUGAACUAACUACAGUAAUUUGGUAUUUAGGAUGUAUAAUUAUUUUUAAACAGUUGAGCAGGAGGUAACAAGUGCUUCCUCGCGAAACUUUGGUAUUACAGUUGAAGGGAAUCGCCUUCUAAUAAAUCGGUAAAAAUUGUGA